AUGGACUAUGACCGCGACAAUCGACGACGAGAUAGGAGUAGAGAAUAUGACCGGCAUCGAGGCGACAGACACCGUGGAGACAAGCACGAUAGGAGUCGGGAGGACAGACCACCGCGUCGUUCACGUUCACGAUCCCGCGACAGACGCUACGAAACGCCAAUAAAGGAUCAAUCAAAGCCCAAUUCGCGUCCACGUAGCCCGCCGCGUGGGGAUACUACGCCCAUGAACGGAACUUCUGCUAACGGAACUCCCUCUAAGCCUGCACCAACUGCUCUUCCUGGUACACCCACCGCUACGACGACAGAGGAUGAUGCAAAAGCCCAGAAACAGGCCAGGUUGGCAGCGUGGAAGCGGGAACGUGAGGCCCAAAAGGCGCUGGAUGGUGCAAAGGCCAAAGCUAUGGCUCUAGCAGGCAAAGCAACAGGCUCUUCUGUGACCAAACCUUCGUUCCUUCCUUCGAAACCUACGGGUGCUAUCAACCGCAAUGCACUCGCGUCUCUUGGACUCAAGGGUCUUCCUUUGAAACAGGAUCUCGUCAAGAAUGCAGCAAAGACCAAGAUGCUCGCUGGAGGCGCCAUGGACGACUUUACCGAGUCGACCCGCAAACUCGAGAAGCUUGGGGACAUGCCAGACGUUGACCUGACCAUGGAAGAAGGCGGAGAGAGUGUUGGAGAAAACUUGGAAGCCGCAGACGACGAUGACGAGGUCACCGAAAAGCCUGCGGUCCAGAUGGAUGUUGAUGAAGAGGAAGAGGAAGACCCACUCGAUGCGUUUAUGUCUGGUGUCAUUCAGGAGGUACAUCACGUUGAUGGUGCUGAUGGAAAGAAACAAAGUCGACUUGGUGCCAGGGUGGAUGAUGGUGAAGACAAUGAACCAGCCGCUGCACAGACCUCUGUCGUGGACGAGAUUGACGCGACAAAUCUCAAUCCGGAAGAAAUUAUGGCUUUGGCAGCAAAGAAGAUAAAAAAGAAGGAUGUCGCCGUAGUGGACCACUCAAAGGUUACAUACGAGCCUUUCCGAAAAGCUUUCUAUCACCCCACGCCAGAUAUCGCAGAGAUGACAGAACAAGAUGCAGAAAACCUGCGACUCGCGCUAGACGGCAUCAAGAUUCGUGGAGUAGACUGCCCUUAUCCAGUCAUGAAAUGGAGUCAAUGUGGCCUUCCGGCUAGCUGCCUCGAAGUCAUCAAAAAGUUGAACUAUACAGCUCCUACGUCAAUCCAGGCUCAGGCGAUCCCUGCCAUCAUGUCUGGUCGAGAUAUCAUUGGUGUGGCCAAAACUGGUUCCGGAAAGACGAUUGCGUUUUUGCUCCCACUGUUCCGACAGAUCAAGGACCAACGGCCACUGGAGCAAAUGGAAGGCCCCAUGGCGCUCGUAAUGACCCCGACGAGAGAGCUUGCCGUUCAAAUACAUCGAGAGUGCAAGCCAUUCCUGAAAGCCUUGAACCUCAGGGCUGUCUGUGCAUACGGCGGAUCUCCUAUCAAGGAUCAGAUCGCCGAGCUCAAAAAGGGUGCUGAAAUCAUUGUCUGCACUCCUGGUCGUAUGAUUGACCUUCUUACUGCCAACUCUGGUCGAGUGACUAAUCUCAAGCGGGUCACAUACCUUGUGUUGGACGAGGCGGAUCGAAUGUUUGACAUGGGCUUCGAACCACAGGUCAUGAAGAUUGUGAAUAAUAUUAGACCGGAUCGACAGACCGUGCUCUUCUCCGCGACGUUUCCAAAGCAAAUGGAUUCGCUCGCUCGCAAAAUUCUCAACAAGCCGUUGGAAAUCACGGUCGGUGGUCGAAGCGUCGUUGCGCCCGAAAUUACGCAGCUUGUCGAGGUUCGCACCGAAGACACCAAGUUUAAUCGCUUGCUGCAGAUUCUUGGCGAACAGAUGAACGACGACCAGAACGCUAGAAUUCUCGUCUUUGUUGACCGGCAAGAGCACGCGGACAACUUGAUGAAGGAUCUGCUGAAAAAGAAUUAUAUGACUGGUACUCUCCACGGUGGAAAAGACCAAGUCGAUCGAGACCAGACGAUCGCCGACUUUAAAAACGGUGUUAUCACCAUCGUGAUCGCAACGUCGGUUGCAGCCCGCGGACUAGACGUCAAGCAACUCAAGGUCGACGUACCGGACGAGCGGGGAACAAGGACAUGCAUCACUUUCAUCACGCCGGACCAGGAGCGCUAUUCCGUCGACAUAUUCCGUGCUCUCAAAGCAAGUAACGCCGAAGUACCUCCAGAGCUCGAGGCUUUGGCGAAUGGAUUCCUGGAGAAAGUGAAGAGCGGAAAUGCCAAGCAGGCAAGUUCGGGCUUUGGUGGCAAGGGUCUGGACAAACUUGAUCGAGACCGUGAAGAGAAGGACAAGGUUCAACGCACUGUAUAUGGUGAACGCGAAGACGGCAAAGUCGAGGACAAGGCAGCAGAUGUUGGCGGUGCGGACAAGGAAGGAAAAGAAGACCCGAUGACUUUCGGUGAUUUCAAAGUCGAGAUUCGUCGUGGACCUGCGCCAGACACGCUCAAGACGAACACACUCUUGUUGUCUGCGAGCGCGCGUGCGGCAAAGGCACAACAAGACGAGAAGAAUAUGCAAAACCAAAUCAAGGCGAUGCAAGCAGAGGCGGAACGGCAGGAUAAGAACAGCCCCGAAUACCGCAAAGCCAUGAACGUCAUCACCAAGUUGAACGCGCAGUUAUUGGCUGCCAAGCUGGGUGGUUCGGGUGGAAUCUCACUGGACAAUGCAGCGGCAGCGGCGAGGAAGAAGGAUCCAGACGCGACAGAUUUCCAUGCAAUCAUUCCGAUCAACGAUUACCCUCAAAAGGCGCGAUGGAAGGUAACGAACAAGGAGACGAUGAGCGGGUUGAUCGAGGCUACGGGUGCGUCUGUAACGAACAAGGGCGUGUUCUACGAGCACGGAAAGGAGCCACCGCCAGAAGGGCCACCGAAACUUCACUUGCUCAUCGAGUCCAAUGACGAGUUUAGGGUCGAACAAGCUGUCAGGGAGAUUAAGCGACUUCUCAUCGAGGCGUCUGCGCAAGCUAUGCAGGCGGAAGUUCGUGGACCGAACCAGACUGCUGGUCGAUAUAGCGUACUUUGA